CAUCAACAACAGCACCACCACCGACGACGACGAUGAUCGUGACGGGCGGUGAUCGGCGUACAUGUUGGAGGCGGAGACGCCGAUUAGUGGUGAUGGCUCUGCUCUCCGCGGUUUUAGCCCUCGCGAUGGGCCCCUCGUCGUCCUCGGGCCACAGACCGGCACCGAGCAACCCGAUCAUGUUUCACACCACCACGAGUAGCACGGCCAUGCCGAUGCAGUUGGGCAACGGUACCAGCGUGCAGAUUUACGAUAACCAUAACAAUAACAACGUUGUGAGUUUCGAUGAUCAUAAUGGGACUACUAAUGAAACAGAUAUAAAGAGACCGCUCUUCCCUGAAGAUUUAUUCACCAUUGAUCAGCGGCGCCGCGGCGCCGUGAUACUUCACAUACUUGGCGUGGUGUAUAUGUUCGUCGCGCUAGCGAUCGUCUGCGACGAGUUUUUCGUACCGUCGCUGGACGUGAUUAUCGAGAGAUUCGACAUCGCCGACGACGUAGCCGGUGCCACUUUCAUGGCGGCCGGUGGAUCGGCACCCGAACUCUUUACAUCGAUCAUAGGCGUGUUCGUGUCGUUCGACGACGUCGGCAUCGGCACUAUCGUCGGUUCCGCCGUCUUUAACAUCCUCUUCGUAAUCGGCAUGUGCGCUAUAUUCUCGCGUACGGUACUGUCGCUCACAUGGUGGCCUCUAUUUCGUGAUUGUACCUUCUACAGCGCCAGUCUGCUCACCCUGAUCUACUUCUUCCGCGACAGUUAUAUUUACUGGUAUGAAGCGCUCGUGCUCUUUGGAUUCUAUUUGGCAUAUGUGAGCUUCAUGAAGUGGAAUCAGCCGAUGGAGAAACUCGUCAAAAGAAUACUUUACAGGAACAAGGUGACCCGGGUCAGGUCUACCGAUCAGCUGAUGCCUUCGCACCAGAGCGCCGCUCAGGCAUUGCAUCCGAACGCGACUAACAGUAGCGAGACGAGCGUGGGUGGCGUGUCGGGUGCGUGCGGAAGCAGCGGCAUACCGGCGCCAGGGGAGGCCGGAUGCAGCAGCAGGGGUGGCAGCAGCAGCGGCGCCGGCGGCGGGGGUGGCGGCGGCACCGGGGCCGGACAAGGCUGCGAGCAGGCCCGCGGGGGCCCGUCUUCUCACUCGAGGGAGAGCCAUGCUAAAUUCCGUCACGGCCUGCUGCAGCUUAUGAUCCACACGAUCGAUCCGCUCCACGACGGUCAGUCCCGCGCCGGCAAGGUGGACGAGAAAGCGACGCAGCUGCACGCGAUAGCGUCGCUGAAGGUGCUGCUGGAUGCCACCAGGCCGCACAACGGCGCCGCGACGUCGACCGCCGCCCAUUAUUCCGGUGCUCCCUCGAAGGAGACGACCCUGCAGCUGCAGCAGGGCUCGCAAGGAACCACCACCACUACCACGACUACGACUACCACCGCCGGCACCACCGCUGGCAUUCAGGAACUUCCUAAUGGCGGUAUCGCCGCCGGUCUCGACGCUGGCCUCGAAUCGGGCGAAGAGGAUGAACCUCCAGAGGCCUUGGACAUGGGCUGGCCCAGCAGCUCGAGAAAAAGGCUGACUUACAUCUUGGUCGCGCCAAUCUUAUUUCCUCUUUGGUUAACGUUACCAGAUACGAGAACACCUAGAGGAAAGAAGUUUUUCCCGAUAACUUUCAUCGGCUCGAUCUUCUGGAUCGCGGCGUACUCGUACCUGAUGGUCUGGUGGGCGAAUGUCGCCGGCGACACAGUAGCCAUACCGCCGGAAGUGAUGGGCCUGACGUUCCUCGCAGCCGGCACUAGCAUACCGGACCUUAUCACAAGCGUAAUCGUGGCGCGGAAGGGAUACGGCGAUAUGGCCGUGUCGAGUUCCGUCGGCAGCAACAUCUUCGACGUGACCGUUGGGCUUCCGGUUCCGUGGCUCCUGUAUGGUUUGAUCUACGGGAAACCCGUGGAGGUGAACUCGGUGGGCAUGGUGUGCAGCAUAGCGAUAUUGUUCUGCAUGCUGCUCUUCGUGAUCAUGAGCAUCGCCUGCUUCAGAUGGAAGAUGAACAAGGGCCUCGGUUUCACGAUGUUCAUCCUCUACUUCGUCUUCGUCGCCGUUUCGCUGAUGUUCGAGUACGAAUGGUUGGUCUGCCCGGUGUAGGGCAGCCGGUGCAGCAGAGGUAUUAGAACCUCCUCCGGAAGAAAGGCGACACGUCUACGAACGGACGCACACUUACGAAUCUCGUCAUCAUCAUCGUCAUCGUCGUCGGCGAGUCUCGGCCGACGAGAGAACUCUUCCUUGCGGUCGAGCCGAGAAGGAAAUCGCGCAAACCCAGUCAUUACCUUCCCGCGUGCGCGUGAAGGGAAUUUAAUGAUCGAACGGCAAUAGCAGCACCAUGAACACAUAUACACACAAACACACACGUACAUAUAUACAUGCGCACAAGCACACAUACAUAUAUACACGGUACUAUCACCGAUCAUCAGGUCACAGCAGUUUUGUGUAUCACGCAGAGGCGUUUUGUUCUUAUAGUCGCGCGCGAGAGGUGUACAUAUUGUAUAAAUCUUGAAAUACCUGAAACGAAAUACUCGUCUUGUUAAGGAUUAAUCGAGCGUGCCACUUCGCUCGAGUGCGCUACCUUAUUAUUUAGGCAUGGCGAGCGCGUUAGCUGAUCGUGCCAAGGACCAAACCAGCAUAAUUUUAUAUAAUCCGUAGAAGAAUCCUUUGGCGCACGUAUAUAGUUCGAGUCUCUCUGGUCAUACUCUUCUUUCUUUCUUUUUCUUCUUCUUUCUCGUUCUCUUGUCGCUUAAUAAGCAAUACCGUACGUGAGAUGAAUUAAUAAUUGCGGAAUGCUUAUUAAUUCAUUGACUAGACUUUUGCAACAAAAGUCUACAAAAAAUUAUAUCUUAGCAAUCUCCUCGAUCAAAAAGUUUCCAAGUCUAAUCAUACGAUAUCGCAUCAAAUGUCGCUUGAUUCGUGCAUUUACCGAAAUGUUUUUUACGCGUUUUUUUGAAUUUAUCUACACAAUCAAUAGCAAUAAUAUCAAAUUUAUAAAAAGAAAAACGCAAAGUUACUUCGUCAGUGUACACAAUGUUCCAGUGAGGCUUCUUUCGUUUGACUCCUUGGCACGCUCACGUGUCCAAAUAUAUUAUAUAUAACGUUAUCCUUAGAGAGAGAAAGAGAGAGAGCAAGUGACCUGACCGCUCGCCGAUUUUCCUCUAAAAAUAGAACUCUUUUCACUUCUAAUCGUAGAAUAGUUCGAUAUAACUUUAAUCUAUUAUGCUCACGAAAUUCCAACUUGAUGCGGUGUGCUGUUCGACGUUUCGUUUCGACGAUGUAUACUCGUGAAUCUCAAAUGUACGCUAUAUGUUUACAAUUCGUUUACAAGUCUUUUUACUUUAAUGUGUUAAUCACAACGCUAUAAUAUACAAAGACAUAUAAAUUAUGCAUAGAUUAUGCGAGCUUUCACAGCAAAAGAUUACAAAACGUGCAAAAAAUAUCUUAUUUCUUCCCAUGUUUAUGAUAAAUUUCUUAAUACAUUACAUACAUUAUUUUAAUUAAAGUAAGAUUGUGUUUGGUCAGUUAAAAUAUAAAAUGUUUCCUACAUUCGAGAAAUUACAUUAGAGAGAUAUCACUGAAAGUCUCUAAAUAUCGAUUAAACGAAAUAAACGAUCUAAAUAUUCAUUAAACGAUAUGAUUCAGACACUGGUAAACACACGUUCCAAAUGAAACGAUCGAUCGUCGCAGCGGAUUUUCAGUAUACGAUCGGAACGGAUGUUGCUGUUGAUACGUGAAUAAGAUAGAGUAGUGAUAAAAAUGCGAGACGUUUUUUAGCAAUCAAUUAAUCUUGCCUGCGCUGAUUAUAUUUUUGCUUUUCAUUUUAUUAAAUUGCUAGAAACAAGUUCAGGGACAUUCAUUUGGCUCUCUUUAAUUGUUCAUUUAACAUUUGAUUCAGGGGAAACAUACAUUGUUUAUAAGAAAUGUAUUAUAUUUUCAUGGAAAGUCGUUCAAAUCGUAGCAAUUUAUUUAUUGCUGAUCAGCAUCGAGUGAGUCCAUUCGGAUAAUGCAAAAUACGUCUCGUUUGCGUAAGACAUUUAGAUCCGAUUCCGAGCGUGUUUUUUAAAUACAAUUACUAUCACUACUCUCGUAACUAUAAUCUGUAAGCGACAUGCGAAAGCAGACCUUCCUAAGUGCAUAGAGAAAACUCUUGCAAAUCGCAUAUUCGAAUUGAUAAAUAGAUCGCGCGAAGAUUCUUAUAACCAAUCGAGAACACUUGUAUCGCUUGUUGAUGCACUUUACGCACGAUCGAAUCCUCAUGUGCGAUACAUUUUCUCUGCAUAGAGAAAGUAUCGAUACGAUAUGCAAAAACUACUAAAAUUACGGAACGUGCAGAUAAUGCAUCGUAAAAAAGAAACGAGCACGAGUCGCUUAGACGUUGCACUUUCCGUGAUAUCCCAUCGCUUGAUACUCUCCAAGCAACAAUUCUUUUCCCUAAAUUCUUUCAAGUUUUCAACAUUGCAUUACGACGCACUACUAAAAGAUAUCGUUAGAAAAUAUUAACUUACUAUUAUGAUUGUUACGUGUACACACAGUAAAGACAAACGGGUAACAGGAUGAAUAACGAGUUCACGAAGGUAUGCAUGUGUGUGAGAUUGAGAAAAAGAGAGAGAGAGAGAGAGAGAACGAUAAUGAGUAAGAAAGAGAGGGAGAAAAAAAAUAGGCUCAUGUAUAGAGUUUAAAGUGUGAAUAAUGAGCGAUUUUUAAGUUACAGGACCCGUGUUGUAAAAAGCGUUUGUAAAGGAUACGUUUUAAGAACAUAGAGAUAAUAGUUAUAAUGUGAUAUCGAUUAUAUUAACGUACGAGGUGAGAAGAAAAUGUUAUUAUACAUACCUACCACGUUUUGAGAGAUACAAACAGAGAAGUGAUAUUCUAGCCUGAACGCCUAAAAGCGGCCUAGCUUUUUAUUAAGCCCACAGCUGGCGCAAAAAUUGAUCCAUGGCGCGAAGAGAUAAGAAAGAGACCAUAAUUAUAUAAAAAAAAUUCUGUCAACAUUAAUCGAUAAGGCGAAUUUUAGAUUAUCAAACUCGUACGUAUAGUAUGAAGAAAAUUUGGUGCGACGCAAAACGCAUUAUAUGGAGAAUAUACAUACACACGUAUAUUAUAUUCGCAUAUAACGGUAUAUAUAUUUUUUUCUAUGGUCCUGAUAUUGGAAGCAUGGGGGACGGUCUCUCGCAGCUUACGCUCCGCGUCGCGUCUGACAAUGAGUUAUUUUACGUUUAGCCUUCCGAUGUUACAUGUCCACGAUGAUAACGAACAACAAUUUGUCACAUCAAUUUUUUUUUUAACGUGAGACAUAACCGGUUAUGUUAAACGACGAAGAAUAGUCAAACUCCACAACGAUAUAAGCUUGAAAAAAAGAAAUUGUGCAGAUGUCUGUAGCUAUUCGAAAUAUAGGUAAAAUUAUAGUUACGAUGCAAGCGAUGAAUGGCAACAAUAUGAUCUCUCCGAGGUAUCGAUCAUUAAUUAAGAUAGCAAUGCUCCUUUUCGCGACAGAGCAUUACGUUGAGAAAAAGGAUUUCGCCUGCAUGGCAAUACUGCCAAUUAAUUCUAAAAAAAAAAAAAAAUUCACCUAAACACUCUUCCUUUUUAUGAAAUUUUAUUUAUCAAUAUGAACGUUUUGAGACUUUUUUAUCCGCGAGCCUUUUUAAUUAUAAGUGGUUUCAGUCUUAUAUCACGUUUUUAUCCAAUGAAUAAACUAUAUCUGAAAUUGAAAAGAUUGUGAAUGGAGAAAAAAAGAAAUAAGGCAUUAUUCUUAAAUAGCAUAGACAAACUUCGAAACACAGGCACAAUUAUGAGAUUUCUGUAAAUGAAAAUCUCUUAGGCGCGUGAGCGGAUGAACUUUUACUCAGCGUAUGAAAAAGAUGUAAUCAAAAUCGCUCGAUACGGACGUGAUAGCUAGCGGCGAACCGCCCUUCGGAUUUAGCGGCGAUCACCAACGGAAAACAAAGCCGGGUUCCUUCGUGACGUCGAACAUAAAUGGGGAAAUGUGUACGAGCUGCGGGAGAAAAGUGGGGAAUAUAGUGCCGAGGCAUUUUGCGCCGUGGUGUGCGGGGUACGAAAAGGAUUAGUCUGUCAGUCGCAAGCGAAACAACGAAAGCGGAUUAGCAGUGAAUCGCGUGAUAAGUCGAAGGUCGUGCCGGAGGGCACAAAGCGCAGCGGUGCUCGCGUAAUUUAUGCUUUGUAAUAUACCAUAGGACAAACAUCAUCGACAUUGGUGAAGAGAGAUGGCCCGUUUUGGUUUUGAACGUCGACUCGAGAGAUUAAUACUUUCCGUGAGUUGCCUGGAUAUAAACGUGUGUGUAUAAGAAAAUAGCUCGCCUCGUGAUACAUUCCCCUCCAGAAAGAAUGACAUGAAGAGAUUUCAAAUGUACAUGGCAUGCCAUUGAUUUCGAUACUUUUUAGCGACUCGAGUUGUACAUAUAUAGUUAUAUAUACAUAUAUACAUAUAUAUACAUAUGUAUGUAUGUAUGUAUGUAUCAGUUGUAUGUAAGAUAUAUAUGUACUAUAUUUUAGUACAUGAAAUUUGAUUCGAUUCUUGUGUUAUCAAAUUGUCAGAACGCACGUAUGUACACUGGCACAUUUAUUUAUAGAGCAUGAAAAUAACAAUAAAAAAGACAAAGAGAGAGAGAGAGAGAGAGAAAGAGAGAGAAGAAAAUUGAAAUAAAAUAAAGAAAAUAAAAUUUAUUUCAAUGCAUACAUGCACGCAGAUACACACACACACACACACACACUCACACACACACACACAUAUAUAUAUAUAUAUUUACGUUCGAGAUGUGAACGCGACGAGACGGAGUGUGUUUUCGAAAGAUGAAAAUUGUUUGUCCGGCAAGUUUGUCAAGACUAAAGUGCAAUGCAUCGAUGCCAACCCUAUUACGUAAGGGAUACAUUUAUGUGAAAGAGAACGAGAACGAAACAAAUUCCCACCAGUUAAUGCAUUCAACCCGAAACAGUAUAAUCAGUAUCCGAUAUAGACCAUUCUAAAUUUAUAAGAGCGUCUCUCUCGUAAAAAAUCUUUUUGAGAAAUAUAAUUAUCUUUUUAUAUUUACAAAAGCUUCAUUUUUCCAAAGGUGGCUUUCGAGACUUUUAGUCGCGUGGGAAAAAAAAAUAAAUUUAUUGUUAUCAUAUAUAUAGGAUCCGUUAGACUAUUUUAUAUUUUUAUGUGAAUGCACAAUACGUUGUACUGUUUAGAGUUGAUGGUAGCUGUUAUCUUAUACGGAUCCGGAACCUGUCGCGCGCUCGCAAAAAGACGCUCCAAACUAGAAUUUAAGCAACGUUAAGAGUUUAGUUGAUUUCAUACUUUUUAACGUAGCUUUCGAGAACCGUAGAGGAAUUUUUACAUCGUGACAAGGUCGGUAGAUUAGAGCCGGGCACGCGACGAGGAUCAAAACGAUCUUUCAAAUUUCAUCGAGUUUGUUAAAGAAGGGCCGAGUGACACAAAUUUGUUCUCCGCAUCGAUCGAUCGUGUAUACUAAGAACGUCACUGUUCUUUCACGACGAAUGACAUGAUAUAUAAUCGUUACGAUACUCGUGGAUAUAAAAUAACGCGGGAUAUAGCGGAAUAAAAAGGGACACAAUACGCACGCUGUGAACGAUCGAAUAAGAUCAAACGCUUCGAAUAUUUUCUUGGCAUUGACAAAGCGCGAACGCACAUAUCAAAGAGAAAAAUGUUGAUUAUAUGAUAACUGAGAUUACUUGGUAGUAUUAUUAGUGACUUAAGUCGUAAGAUAAUUAGAGAUGAGGUUAUACGAGCGCGUUAUAAAGUUUCUAUUAUUACAGAUUAUAUAAAUAUGUAUAUAAAUAUGUAUCGUACGUGUAUCAAUGAACGUUGGAUCGUCGAUUAUUGAAUCGCGUAUCGGGGAAGAUACGGCGAGAUGCAAUUUUCGCGAUUCUCUGGGCGAUCAGCGUGUUGGACGUAACGUAAAUUCGGGAGAGUAUACCUCGCGUUUCUCUCGGGCUUUUCUUUUGAUAUAUAUUUCAUUAUUGUCAUCUCUUUUAAAACGCCGCAUAUAUAGGGUUGUACCCCCGUCCAUCGCCGCAGUAGUAGAUUUACGGGAUACGACGCGUAGUUAUAAAAAAUCACGACUUACGAGAUUAAUUAGGUCACCACAGAGUGCUAGAAAGACGAAGGGGACGAAGCGAGAAGAAAUAUAAAUAUAUACAUAUAAAUAUAUAAAUAUAUAAAUACGCAACACACACACAUAUAAAUAUGUAAAAUAUUUAGCGUUAUAUACGUUCACGUCGGCGAUUCCGAGUUGGGACGUUUUUAUUACGGUAAAAAAAAAAUUUCGUUUCUUGAUGUUCGUAAGAUACGUCUUCGACGCGUUACUUAGAUCGGGGCCGAGGCAUAAUAAUCGUUUUAUGCGUGACGAGAGAGUGUACAACGAUGCGUUCGGACGAAAUCGCUUAAUCGUGAAAUUCAUCAUUUUGCGAUCGCAAAAGUGAUGAACAAUUUUCCCGAACGAAGGUAAGGAGAGACCGAAGACAGGUGUAUCAACGACCACGUUCGAAAGUUCGCGCGGGACGAAUCUCAGCUUAAAAUUAGAGAUCGCGUAACCGAGAGUACGAGUUUAACGAGUAUAACGGAACUAAUCGCAAACAUAAAAAAAAAAG